CCUGAAACAAACCAGGAAACAGGAUGUUAUUCUGCCUCACUCAGAAGAGAUACGCCCACUGACAGACACACAAGACGCAGACAAAAACCAGCACGACUUCCACCGAGAGAGGACAGGUGGAGGAGGGAAGAGACGACGAUAAGGAGACUUUAUUAAUCCCUGAGUGGAAAUUGAAUGAAUACUGGGAGUACUUGUUAAACUGGGAUACUCGGAAUACGACCACUUCAACCUGAUACUGAGUUUAAAAGAAAAAGAAUCAGAGUGAAAGUAAUUUUCUGGGCUGGGUAGAGACUUCCUGUUUUUCUGCUGCAUCUUUAGCUUCACUCUGAGAUAAAAUGGCGUCCAAGUUAGAGGAAGAUCUGUGCUGCUCGGUCUGCCUUGACAUCUUUAAAGAUCCGGUCAUCCUGUCCUGCAGCCACAGCUUCUGUAGAGAGUGUGUGCAGGGCUGCUGGAAGGAGAAGGUGAACCAGGAGUGCCCAGUUUGUAAGACAAUCCAUUUAAAGGAGCUCCUACCUCCUAACUUUGCUUUAAAGAAUCUGUGUGAGAGUUUUCUGCAGGAUAGAGAUCAGAGAGCUUCAGAGGAUCUCUGCAGUCUGCACUUUGAGAAACUCAAACUCUUCUGUCUGGACCAUCAGGAGUCGGUGUGUCUCGUUUGCAGAGAUUCAGAAAAACACUCCAAUCACAGAUUCAGACCCACUGAAGAAGCUGCUCGUCGACGCAAAGAAAAACUUCAGGAAACUCUGGAGCCCGCAACGGAGAAGUUGAAGGUUUUUAAAGAAGCUAAAGUGAUGUUUGAUCAAACAGCAGAACACAUUCAGGUCCAGACCCGGCACACAGAGAGGCAGAUUAAGGAGCAGUUUAAGAUGCUUCACCAGUUUCUGGAGGAAGAAGAGGAGGCCAGGCUGAGUGCACUGAGGGAGGAAGAGAAGCAGAAGAGUCAGAGGAUGAAGGAGGAGAUGGAGGCUCUUAGCACAGAGAUAGCAGCUCUUUCACACACAAUCAGAGCCACAGAAGACGAGCUGACAGCUGAGAACAUCUCAUUCCUGAAAAACUACAAGGCUGCAGUUGAAAGAGUUCAGCAGCACCCCCUGCUGGAGGUUCCACAGCUGCCCCCAGGAGCUCUGAUAGACCAGGCCAAACACCUGGGCAACCUGAGCUUCAACAUAUGGAUGAAAAUGAAGGACAAGGUCUCCUACACCCCUGUCAUUCUGGACCCAAACACAUCUCAUCCAAACUGUAUCCUGUCUGAUGAUCUGAGCUGUGUGAGAGGAGGAGAAGGAACGCUUCCUGAUAAUCCAGAGAGAUUUAACCACUCCCUCUACGCUGUCCUGGGCUCUGAGGGCUUUAGCUCAGGAACUCACAGCUGGGACGUCAAGGUUGGAGGCAACCGUUGUUGGGGACUGGGUGUGAUAGCAGAGUCACAGAGGAAGGGAGUCAUACAGUCUGGAAUAUGGACAGUAUGGUUCCAUGAUGGCGUACACAAAGCAUUCUCCCCAUCACAUCCACAGACUGUUCUUUCGGUGAAGAAGAAGCCACAGAGGAUCAGAGUCAAUCUGGACUAUGACAGAGGAAAGCUGUCCUUCUCUGACCCUGAUAAUAACACACACAUACACACCCACACACACACUUUCACCGGGGUGAUGUUUCCGAUGAGUUCAACUGUGGAUCAACUCCCCCUGAAGAUUGAACCAGGGAAGAUCUCUGUGACUGUGGAACAAGACUAAAACAUGAGGAUGGUGAUGAUGAUGAUGAUGAUGAUGAUGAUGAAAAUGACGAUGAUGAUGAUGACAAUACAAUUAUAAUGCAUGAUGAUAUUGAUGUAUAUAAUGAUGAUGAAAUGAUGAUAAUGAUGAAGAUUAUAUGAUGUUGAUGACAAUGAUAUGAGGAUAAUGAUGAGGAUGAUUAUUAACAUCAGUCGGUGUAUUUUAAGUGAAUUUGAUUUUAAUUUAUUUUUAUUUUUUUUAUACUUUGUUUUAUUUUUUUUUCAAAUAGUUGCUUCAUUCAUAUGGUCAUUUCAUUUUAAUGAACAUGUUUUCAACAUAAGAUGUUGAAUGAAUCAAAAAAGAAGCAGCAACAUCUUUAGAAAUGAAUACACAGACAUACAUACACAUCAAAACAAUGAAAUAAGAGAGAGAAAAAAAAUGAAUAUAAAUAAAGAAAAAAGAAAAUAGAAAACAAACAGACAAAAACAAACAAACAAAAGGAUAAGGGGAGGGAUAUAGCCCCUAUGUUCAAUGCAAAUUGAGGCUUCCACAUUUCUAAAUUGGAUUAAUUUAAAUAUUUCAUGGGUAUUGUCACACAAAUGUGCACAUACAUUUCAUUUUCAAACCUGCAUAUAAUUACACAUUUAUAUUAAUAUUGACUUGUAUGCUCCUUCCCACAAGGUAUUUCCUUAAUAAGAAAUUAUACGUAUGCAAAUUUGUAUGCAAUGUAUUUUUUUUCUUUUUACAUGGCCAAACUUAGGAUCUUGUCAAUAUCCCUUUUUUAAAUUAACAAAUCAACCAAUUCAUUUACAUACUUAAGCACAAGUGGGGUGGUCAGAUCUUUAAUGAUCCUUUUCUAAGAAGAGAGAGGACAGGCUUUAUUUCUAGUAUGUUGAUGAUGAUUAUAAUUUUCCUUCAUUUAAAGUCCAUCUCUUUUUAAACAGGUCUUCCAUGUUCCUUAUUCUGUGAGUUCCUUCUUCCAUACAUUUUACUUCUUGAAUCAUAAUUUUCCAUUUGAUCAAAUCUGGGGUUUUAGUUUUUUCCCAGCCUUUUGUUAUUUGCUUCAUUGCUGUAAUUCUGAGUAUUCUAAAUAAAUAGUGUUCGUCUUUUCCAAGACCUACUGGAGGUUUUCCAAGUAUGAUGUGCUCUGCUUUUAAAUAUAACGGUUUGUUGAAAAUCUCUUCAACAAACUUAAAAACUUCUAACCAAAAGUAAUUCAAUAGAUUGCAUGAAUAGAAUAUAUGUAAAUGAUUUGCAUUACUUUCACCACAGUUUCUCCAGCACUGUGAGCUUGCACAUCUUUUAUAUUUGGAAAUGAUUCCAGGUGUCAGGAAGUACCUCAUAUUUAUUUUCCAAGUAAAUUCUCUCCAGAACAAGGAACUGGUUGUUGUAUGUAUUUCAUUAAACAUCUGUUUCCAGUCUUCAUCAGUUAUUUGUGUUCCCAGCUCUUCUUCCCAUUUU